GGAUCAUUGUAUGAUAAUCAAGUUUAUUGUCUUGUUAUCAUUAAUAAAUCUACUACUUUUUGUUGAUAAGCCAUCAAUUUGUCAAUUUUUUCGAGUUAAUAUGUCUAGCUGGGACCAAGUCAAGAUUGCUUUCAAUCCAAGAUCAAAAGGAUGUUACUUGGUAACAAAUGAAGUGGUGGAUAAGGUACCACAAAUUAAGGAUUAUGAAAUUGGUCAAUUGAACUUGUUUUUACAACAUACUAGUGCAGCCUUGACCUUGAAUGAAAAUUGUGAUCCUGAUGUCAGAGAAGAUAUGGUUACUUCGCUCGAUAGAAUAGCCCCAGAAGGAGAUUUCUAUAUCCAUGCUGAUGAAGGUCCAGAUGAUAUGCCUGGUCACGUUAAGAGUGCUACUGUCGGGGUAAGUCUUACAAUUCCAAUUUCUAAUGGUAGAUUAGCCACCGGUACUUGGCAAGGUAUUUAUUUAUGUGAAUUUAGACAUGCAAGACAUCAAAGAAGAGCUGUUGCCACUAUUAACGGUGUUAAGAGAAAGUAAAAUCUCUUUUAAUUAAAUUAUUUAUUUAUUUUUCCCUUCGUAAACUUGAAUACUAUAUUCCUUAAGAAUCAAA